GAGAAAAUCACAUUUCCAGAAAGUUGAGUAUCUGCCCUUUUAUAUGACACCCCAAUUAGGAAAAAUGAACUAGGAAUAAAAUAAAGUUCUGUUUGUUUAAAGUAGUGCUUGCAUUUCCAUAAUUUUAUUUAACAAAUUCGUUUUCACUGGCUAACUGCCGUAGCAACAAAGGGAAUUAACAAACGACUUAACUCCGUUCCGUUGACAAUCAGCCAUGCAUUAAAAUUAUAAUUCAACAGGUGUUGUUGUUAAACAGGGAAUAUAUUCACUUCCGCGUAUAGGCCUGUUGGAACUGUUAAUACACGUAGUUGUGAUAAUGGCAAUCAUGUAUUUCCUCAAUUACUUUUCAGGUUUGCUGCUGGAAGGGAAAAUAUUACAAUUAAUAUCGAGUAACACUUUGUCAACUGAAAGCAAAGCUAUUCCUUUAUCAUUGUCUUCAGGUCGCUUAGCACGCAAUACAUUGGACGUUAUUGUGUCUUGGUACCAUCAACAGGUCAGGAAUCUGAACAAUAUAUUUCUUCUCACAUUUGUGACCCCACGUGUCUACUCUUUCAACAGGAGCUUACUUCAGGUCCAAUGUAACGGAUUAAUCUCAACUGAAUUCCUCUUUUUUUAGUAUCAUGUCUACGUGUUGAAUGAUCCAGGAAACUUGGAUACUCACUCUCUGUUUGGAAUCGGAUACACGGGCACAUUUUAAUGGAAACUGAAUAUCGUAUGGACAUGAAGCGUACAAUUGUAAGACAGCACGUCAAUAGCAAUACUAUUCUUCAGAGGGUAGAUAAUUAUUAAACGAUUGGCAGCAAAGGAUCAAUCAUGAUGACUGUUAAGGUUCGCCUGUAAAAUGUAUCGCGUGGUGAAUUGAUCAGGAAAUGUAACCGCCAGAUUGACAAGCAAGAGUUCCGAUGGAGAAUUCGACAGUGAACCCUGAGCUAUAUUCUCCUGCUUUUAUCACGGUUAUAUUCAUGGACUGUCUUGGCUUAUUCCUUGCCGUGACACUGAACGGCUGCCACCUCAUUAUUCUAACGUACAGUUUUCCUCUUUUCUCCCAGAAUCUGCGUUUAUGCCUGCGGGUUUUGGCGGUCUUUGACAUACUGGGGGGAUUAGUUUGCUAUGGAAUGGAGAUCUUGGUAUAUUUUAAUAGAGACAUUGUUAUAGCGAGCUUGGUUGGAUGCAAUAUAGCGGCAGCUACCUGCACAACCUUCGUGGGAGUUUCUCAGUUUAUACUGUUUGUAAUUACCAUUGACCGGUACGUCGCCGUGGCCCGCCCUCUCCAGUAUUACAACAUCUUAACUCGGACGCGAAUUCGAACCUUCUUGGUUGUUGCACUUGUUGUUGGAGCAUCAGCGGGGGUGGUAAGAUCUAUUCAUGGUGCACUGAUUGAUUACUGUGAUUUUAUCAUCGAUGGACCUGAACUUUUCACGCAACCAAUCAUGGCGAUUUAUCAUGUAGCACCUUUAUCUUUGGUCAUUGUAACUACUCUUCUCAACGCGCGCCUUUUGUGCAUCGCACGCGCGCAGGCGAAACGGGACAAGAUGGCUCGCCAAUCGAGCGUUAAUCUACAGUCACGUGAUUAUUCGACCGAUGCGCAUGACAACGAACAAAAUAGUUUCUCGGAGAGGUGUAAAAGCGCGAUAACGAUUUCUGCUAUGGUGGGAGCCAGCUAUCUGGUGUGGAUGCCCUACCUUAUCUUAACAAUAAUUUGUCUCUGUGAGCAUUCAAAUCUGUCCUUUGUUUGGAAGGCCGCGAUGUACUGGUCGAUGUAUUCCACCUUUUGGUUUAACCCCAUCGUCUUUGGCCUUGUCAGUUCAAAUUACAAGAACGCAGUAGUACGUCUAGUCAUAAAGGUCAGACUGGUGAAGUCUUGAGGACAGCAAAUACCGAUUCCAGUAGAGGUGGACAUCAUUCCCUUGAGCAUGUCGGUAUAGCCUCCUGUUGAUGGGAAUAAGAUAACGGUCACUACAAAAAAGGGGAAAGAAUAAAGCCCUCCGCACACUUCAUGAUUAUUCUGCGAUCCGGUUGUUAAAGAAAUGACAAUGAUAUUAGAUAUUGAAAUCAAAACAACUGCUUCAAGAUUAAGAUUCUGAAUAAUAGUAAACAAAUACUAACAAUUUUAAUUUUAGAGCAAUUGGAUAUCUUAUUUAGAAUCAAAUCCGAAUCGGCUUCAAAUCGUAGACGACUGCACUGCUGCUCUGACGUCACUACGAUUGUGAGCCGAUUUUCUCCUUCUCCAUAGAAACUCGAAAUCCCUUCACAUUUAGAUUUUAUUAAGCAUUUGACUGUUCAGAUACUCGAUCCUUAACAUUUUUAAUGUUUGAAUGUUCAUUUUAAAUGCUAUUGGAAAAUUCUUCGAAAAUUGGAUCGUAGUCAGAUCGUAAAGUGUCCGGGGCUUAAGUUGUCACGAUACAAUAACACAUGGUGAGAGUAGGGAUACUGCAACACACUAAGAAAUAGCGGUGCAAUCGGGGUGCAGAUUUGCAUCCAUCUACGCGUAUUUGGCAGAGGGUGCCACUAAUGUUCAGUUUAGUUCAGUUCAGUUUAUUUUACAUUUGCACAGCACCAACUUAAGCUAAAGGCUGUUUUCUCCAGGUCCGUGCAAAAAAAAGGUACAAUUAUAAGAUAACACAAAUCAUUACAUAGGAACAUUGAUAAUCAAACAAAUAACAUAAGUAUGUAGAAGAAAAAAGAAAAUUUACAAACCAAGAUAUUACCAUCAAACCCCCUUAUCCGCAUUUCUUUCCAAAUCAGUUUUUUUUAAAAAUUAUAGUUAUAUAAAUAGAUA